AUGUUCUCCCGUGCGCUCAGGCUAAACCGUGCGGUGCCGCUGCGCGCCCGCGCCCCGGCGCCUUCUGUCGCUGCCUCUCGGUUCGUCACCACCGAUGCCGCCUCUGCGACAUUGCAGAAGGGCGUCCCCGAGUCCGAUGAUGAGGCUUUCUCCAUCCAGCUGAGCGAUGAGAGCUUCGAGACGUACGAGCUCGACCCCCCGCCAUACACCCUCGAGGUCACCAAGAAGGAGCUGAAGCAGAUGUACCAGGACAUGGUUACCGUCAGACAACUCGAGAUGGCCGCCGACCGCCUGUACAAGGAGAAGAAGAUUCGCGGUUUCUGCCAUCUGUCCACCGGACAGGAGGCCGUUGCCAUUGGCAUUGAGCACGCCCUGACCAAGGAGGACGACAUCAUCACAGCCUAUCGAUGCCACGGCUUCGCCUAUAUGCGCGGUGGCACCGUCCGCUCCAUCAUUGGCGAGCUUCUCGGCCGCCGUGAGGGCAUUGCGUACGGCAAGGGCGGUUCCAUGCACAUGUUCGCCAAGAACUUCUACGGCGGCAACGGCAUUGUCGGUGCCCAGGUGCCCGUCGGUGCCGGUCUCGCUUUCGCCCACAAGUACAACGGUCGCAAGAACGCCAGUGUCAUCCUGUACGGUGACGGCGCCAGCAACCAGGGCCAGGUCUUUGAGGCCUUCAACAUGGCCAAGCUGUGGAACCUUCCCGCUCUGUUCGGCUGCGAGAACAACAAGUACGGCAUGGGCACUGCCGCCAACCGUUCGUCGGCUCUCACGGACUACUACAAGCGUGGCCAGUACAUCCCCGGUCUCAAGGUCAACGGCAUGGACGCCCUCGCUGUCCGCGCCGCUGUCAAGUACGGCAAGGAGUACACCCAGGCCGAGAACGGCCCUCUGGUUCUCGAGUACGUCACCUACCGCUACGGUGGCCACAGCAUGUCCGACCCCGGUACCACGUACCGUACCCGUGAGGAGAUCCAGCGCAUGAGGUCGACCAACGACCCCAUCGCCGGCCUCAAGCAGAAGAUUCUCGACUGGGGCGUCGUCACCGAGGACGAGCUCAAGGCCAUUGACAAGGAGGCCCGCAGCCACGUCAACGAGGAGGUCGCCAUCGCCGAGGCCAUGGCCGUUCCCGAGGCCACCCCCAAGAUCCUCUUCGAGGACAUCUACGUCCGCGGCUCCGAGCCCCAGUUCAUCCGUGGCCGUACCGCCGACGAGGCCUUCUACUUCAACUAA